UAAUCAACAAAGUGAAAUUCAAUUAAAUAUCAAUUUUUUAAAAUUUAAUAAAAAUAAUUUAAAGUGAAAAAAUAUUCCAAAGAACCAAAAAACUAAAGUCAAGUGAAGGUGAAUUGCGUCUUAUCAUGACAAUUGCAUUGCAAAAUAUAUAAAAAAAAAUGUUUACAUAAAAAAAUCCAAUUAAAAAUUAAAUCAUAAAGAUAUCCACAAUUGACACAAUAUCUCACAAAUACAAUCACAAAUAAAGCAUAUUAAGACCUGAAAGAAAGUGAACGAAUGUGCAGCACGAGAAGAAAUAAAAGUGAAUUUGAAUGCAUUCAAUUGCGCUAAAUUAAUAUCAAUAAAAAGUGAAACGGAGGCUCACACAUACAUAGACACAGACACACACACAUACUAAUAAAUAUUUUCUGGAUCUAAGCGGAAGUGAAAUAACGAAAAUAUCAGGAAUAAUGAAAAUGGCAUUCAAUGGCUGCGACACAGAUGGGCCGCAUAAUAAACGUCUGUGCAUGGGACAGAAUGUGAAUGAUAACAACAACAAUACAAAUGGCACAGGCUUGUGCAAUAAUGGCAGUUCUGUCAGCGAUGUGGAAAUGAAAACUGGACAUGGACUCAUAAGGACACAACCAAAUACAAUCAGUCAAAACCCAAACAUCAACACGAGUCAAACGAACACCAGCACGCAACAGAAUCAGAACAAUAUUAAUAGUAUCAUUACCAACAGUUCGGAAGAGCCCCGUCGCAAGCGUCAGGAUGCUGCCAGACCCAAUCACAUUCUGCUCUUUACCAUCAUCAAUCCAGUUUAUCCAAUCACUGUGGAGGUAAUUUACACCAUCUGCCACCCCCACGGACAAGUGUUACGUAUUGUGAUAUUUAAGAAAAAUGGCGUUCAAGCAAUGGUUGAAUUUGACUCAAUUGAUUCAGCAACACGUGCACGUGACAAUCUAAAUGGAUGCGACAUUUAUUCGUCUUGUUGCACACUCAAAAUUGACUUCGCAAAGCCGGAGAAACUAAACGUCUACAAAAAUGACAGUGAUAUCAGUUGGGACUAUACACUGGGUAAGUCAUCGAAGGAAAUGGUCAAUGGAAGGACACCGCUGCUGCAAGAUCCACUAUUUGGUGCACGACCAACGCCAUAUAAACCCCCACUUCUUGGCAAUGCAGCACCCGGCUACACAUACGUUCCCACUCAAGAUUAUUCACAGACAAAUGGCUCCGUUGCUCCAUCAAUUCCAACACCCGGCGCACCAGCUACACCAACAAUGACAUCACCAACUCUUACAUCGGUUGUAGCAGCUGUAGCUGAGCCAUGGAAGCAAACACCAACACCACCACAGAGUUUGAUGAAGGAACCGCCAUUAGCUGCCAAUCGUAAUACAACAACACAAUUUGCUGCACAAGGACAACAGCAGGCGGCAGUUAUGAUGGUUUAUGGACUUGACGCUAUGACUUCCAACACCGAUAAGCUCUUUAAUCUCGUUUGUUUGUAUGGAAAUGUAGCAAGAAUUAAAUUCUUAAAGACAAAAGAAGGAACAGCAAUGGUUCAAAUGGGAGAGCCAGUAGCUGUUGAACGAUGUGUACAGCACCUUAACAACAUUCCAGUUGGUAACAAUGGAAAAUUACAGAUUGCUUUUUCGAAGCAAAGCUUCUUGUCAGAGGUGACGAACCCCUACAGUCUUCCAGACAACAGUCCCAGCUUCAAAGAGUACACAGGCUCUAAAAACAAUCGCUUCCUUUCGCUCGCACAAGCCUGCAAGAAUCGAAUUCAACCACCAAGCAAGAUUCUUCAUUUCUUCAACACUCCACCAAGUCUAUCAGAAGAUCAAUUGGUUGACAUUUUCGCCAAGAAGGACGUGCCACCAUCAGCAGUACGAAUGUUUCCACUCAAAACUGAACGAUCAUCAUCGGGACUUAUUGAAUUUCCAUCCAUUGCUCAAGCUGUACUUGCUAUAAUGAAAUGCAACCAUACGGCCAUAGAAAGUAAAGGAACCAAAUUCCCAUUCAUCAUGAAACUUUGCUUCUCAUCAUCAAAGAACUUGAAUGUUAAUUACAACAACGAAAAUGAAAAAAUGAAUGGCGAUAAACCAGAAUCGGUGUAAAAAAAUUAAAAUCUUAAGGAUUAAAAUAAUUUUAAAGUUCUAUAAAAAAUGUAGAAAUUAAUUCAACAAAAAAACAUAUUCGUGAUGACAAAAACAUAAAAAAAAAUUAUAAAUAAUACUUAAUUUAUAAGAAUCGUAACUGUAAAAUUUUUGUUCCUCAAAAUAAUUAAAAAAAACGUUCAAUUUUUUUUAAAAAAAA